AAGUGUCUCAGAAUCUCUCCUUGGCCCAUCUAUUAAUUUAUUUCUGUCCCACAAAAUCCUUUCUACUGAAGACCAAAAUUUCAGCCUUCAACCACAAGGAUCCAAGCCAGCUUGAGGAAGGACAAGAGAAAGAGAGAGAGACAGAGAGACAUCUGAGAACAUCAACUGUCCCCGUUUGAUAGAAAUGUCUCACAAGAUGGUGGGAGAAAAUGGCUUCCACUGCACCCACAAACUUAUUUUCUCCAACGCGCCCAAUUCCGUGGAGAACAGCCCUCCUUUUGACAGCCCCAGUCCCCAGGAAUCCUGCCCCACUCCUUUGAGCAAUGGGACCUUCUACUCCAACACAAACAGUCCUUCGGAUUCCUGCAUGAAGCCUCUCUGUGAGGCGACGUCCCACAAUGAAAACGGAUUCAACGGCGGCAUUAAAUACGUCUCCACCGAUCGGGAGGUCCUGGUGUGCGGGUGGGGAGGCUUCACCCCAAGUUGUCUACAGUUUUUCAACACCCCCAAAGGGGUUCUCUUCUUUUUGUGCGUGGCUUCCUUCUUGCAAGGUAUGACCGUCAACGGCUUUGUUAACACCGUCAUUACGUCGAUCGAGCGGCGCUUCGACCUCCAGAGCUACCAAAGCGGAUUGAUUGCCAGUUCCUACGACAUUGCGGCCUGCGUGUGUUUGACGUUUGUCAGUUACUUUGGGGGCAACGGGCAUAAACCGCGGUGGCUGGGCUGGGGAGUUUUGAUCAUGGGGAUUGGCUCCCUCAUUUUUGCCCUGCCUCACUUCACCACCAGCCAAUAUGAAGUCCAUUUUUCGGAAGAGAUUGGCACGUGCUCCUCCAAUCAGAGCGCGUGGUGCUCAGAAAGUGUCUCCACCCUCUCUAAUUAUCAAUUUGUCUUCAUGCUUGGUCAGUUUCUACAUGGGAUUGGAGCAACGCCACUCUACACCCUUGGGGUGACCUACCUAGAUGAAAAUGUCAAGUCCAACUAUUCUCCUGUGUAUAUUGCUGUUUUCUACACCGCUGCCAUAUUGGGCCCAGCAGCUGGCUACUUGGUUGGAGGCAUCUUUCUCAAUAUUUACACUGAAAUUGGGAGACAAAUUGAUCUUAUACCCGAUAAUUCCCUGUGGGUCGGAGCAUGGUGGAUUGGAUUCUUAGGCGCUGGCGCCGGUUCCCUCUUGAUUUCGGUACCCAUUUUGGGGUACCCUCAUCGUCUCCCAGGAUCACAGCGUUACAUAGUCAUGCGAGUUUCGGAAACCCAUCAAUCAAAAGAUGGCAGCCAUAAAACAGCCUCGGAUCCUGAUUUUGGAAAGACAGUCAAAGAUCUGCCGCAGUCACUUUGGCUGCUACUGAAGAACCCAACUUUCAUCUUCCUUUGCUUAGCUGGAGCUACAGAAGCUACCUUGAUUGCUGGGAUGUCAACUUUUGGGCCCAAAUUCCUUGAAUCCCAAUUCAGCCUAAGUGCCUCUGAAGCAGCAACUUUGUUUGGCUACCUUGUGGUUCCGGCAGGAGGAGGAGGCACUUUCCUCGGAGGGUUCAUCGUGAACAAGUUUAAGCUGCGCUGCUCAGGGAUCAUCAAGUUUUGUUUCAUGUGCACCAUGUCGAGUCUGCUGGCAAUUUUCAUCUUUUUUAUUGAUUGCCCCAAUAUGCCCAUGGCUGGAGUAACCCAGAUGCAUGACGGAAGCAUCCUCCCGCAAGGUCACCUCAACUUGUCUGACCCCUGCAACAUGGACUGCCAUUGCCUGCGUGAGACCUACAAUCCCGUGUGUGGGAACGAUGGCAUCACUUAUUACUCGCCCUGCCAUGCUGGUUGCAAGAAAGCAUCAAUAAACCACGAUAGCGGGGAAAAGGUUUAUCAUGAAUGCAGCUGCAUUAUUGGACCCAACACUCCGGUCUCCAGCCUGGCUAUGGCAGGGAAGUGUACAUCUUCAUGUGAAAGAAGGACUCUUCUCUUGGUUUUCAUGUUUGUUAUCAUUCUCUUCACAUUCCUAAGUAGCAUUCCUGCGUUAACAGCUACAUUGCGGUGUGUUUCCGACAGACAGAGGUCGUUUGCACUAGGAAUCCAAUGGAUUGUUGUGAGAACGCUAGGGAGCAUCCCGGGCCCCAUUGCUUUUGGGUCGAUGAUUGACAAGUCGUGUCUUCUGUGGCAGAGUCAAUGUGGUGAACAAGGAUCUUGUUAUGUCUAUCAAAACUCCUCCAUGAGUCGAUAUACCCUGAUCGCUGGUCUGAUAUUCAAGGUGAUGGGCUCGUGUUUCUUCCUACUGGCCUGCAUGCUCUACAAAGCCCCUUCCCCAGAAUCUCUCCACAGCAGCUCGGCUGUCUCCGAAAAUGGCACCUCUGAUCUCCAGGAGAGUAAAUCUUCACAUGGGCCUUCCGACGGCGACGUAUAACCUUUGGGUUACCACAAACAACUUUCUCAUAAUUGCCCAGAAACUGUGGCAAAAGAAUGUCUUGCUCGUCUCUUCUUGCAGACUUCUUUUCCUCCUUUUGCAGGAAAAAGCAAUUUUGUGAAGAUCUAUUAUUGUUUUUUUUGUGUGGUUUUUUUUUUCACAAGCAGCAAAAGCACAUGGCAAAACUUGAAUCCUCGUCUUUCCACUGUGAAAAGAGGGAGCUAAGGAUCUUGAAGAGAUGAGGAGUUUCAUUUUCUCCUGGAUCUGGACUGCAAUUCCGAGAUGGUCUUGGAAUAUUAAAAGAAAAAAGAAAAUGGAAAGCAACAAUUUUUGCAGGAUGCAGGAAGUUUUUUUUUUGUUUUGACUUGCUCAGUGAAAGACCCUCGCUUUAUGGAGUGUUUUGAUCUUGUAUUUAGACACCAGAUCUGACCUCAAGAUUUGUGCUAUCCGUUCUCUCCACUUCUUACAGUAUUAAUUUAUUUAAAGAAGGGCUAAACAUAACUUUAUACCAUUCCUUUAUAAAGCACUAAAGAAGCCAACCAUCACCAUGCACUCGACCACAUAUUCAAGCUGGUGUAAAAUCUUUGGUAUAAAUGAGGUAUAAAUAUUGUCUAGCCAACCUAUCGUUUGUUGAUUAAAAAUGUGAAAUCUU